AUGAAGAUAGCUUGGGACAGACAGAAGAGCUAUGCAGAGAAGCGAAGAAGAGAACUAGAAUUUGAGAUCGGAGAUCGAGUAUUCUUGAGGCUAUCUCCAUGGAAAGGAAUACUAAAUUUUGGUAGGAAAGGCAGGAUGAGCCUAAGAUACGUAGGACUCUACGAGAUAAUCGAGUGGAUUGGGCUAACAGCCUAUAGAUUAGCUUUACCUGCAGAGCUAUCAAGGAUACAUGACGUAUUCCAUGUAUCAUUACUAAGGAAAUAUGUACUGGAUCCUUCGCAUAUUUUGCAAGGUCAAUUGGUACAACUAAAGGAAGAUUUGUCGUACGGGGAAGAGCUGGUACAGAUUCUUGACAAGAAAGAACAGGUGUUGAGAAAUAAAAUAAUACCAUUAGUGAAGGUAUUGUGGAGAAACCAUGAAGUAGAGGAAGCUACGUGGGACACCAAGGAGCAAAUGAAUAGAAGAUAUCCCCACUUGUUUGAUUGA